ACUGUUACGUGUGUCACACGGGGCAGUAAGCGUGUGACGAGAUCUCACAACAAUAUGCGCAACUUGUUUGUUCGCCAUCCUGGCUGAGGCAGAUGUUCCUUCCAAUGUGGAGGUGCCUGUGCAGAGCCUCGGCGUCAGCGCGCCCGACGACAACCCCAACAGCCAGCGCAUACACAUCUACUGUGUGAUCGACGGCCAUGACUACCUGCUCGAUGUCGCCAUCGCCCACCCCUGCAAGCCUGACGACUCCCCCAUCCCCUCCCACCGAACACUCAACCGACGUAGCGCAAAACUUCCAAGUGGCAAGACGGCGCAACUUGCGGAGAAAGACAAUAUCGAUCAGUAUGGACCAACCACCCAAGCAGCUGGCUUCCGCCUCGUGCCUUUCGCUGCGGAGACAUUCGGCAGGUGGGGAGAGAAGACGGUGGACUUCAUCAAGACGGUGGACUUCAUCAAGACGCUCAUCAAGCGGAAGCCCCGCUCUACCUCCAUCCCCCCUAUGAGGGCGCACCUUUCCGAGAGAGCGGCAUCAACCAACCAUUGGAGCCAGCUUACGUCCGUUGAGCUCAUGAAGCACAACGCGUUCCAAGUGGCGAGUCGUGGGCAGGGUGCGAACCCGCGAGGGCCACGCGAGUCGUGGGCAGGGUGCGAACCCGCCAGAGGGCCAGGAAGGGCCGAUGCAUUUCUCAAGGACUUCGUCAGCCGCGGGCCGUACAAUCGCGGGGCUGUGGGGCGGCUGACAUGAUGUGGAUGUCGUGUGCAUUGGGGUGCACGCCCCGCUUGGUUGUGUCUGUGCAGUGCGCGACAUCCUUAUGUCCAUUCUCCUUGUGAUUUUUGCAGUCGUUGAGCUUUGCUCGUUUCCUUGUGUGGGGUGUUCCGUUUGCAUCGUGCGAACGGUGGUGUCUUUGUCUGAGGCUUAGACGAACAUCGUCGCCCGUUCUGUGUACUUGACUCCACAUUAUCUGACCAUCUUUGGGUGUGGUAUGAGCGUGGCAGUCCGGCCCCCACCGGGCCUGGGCGGCCCAACGAGUGCCGCG